UUAAUAAUUGUUUUUAACUUUGUUUUGUGUGUUACACAAAAAAAUAGGCAUAAAAUAUCGAAUAAUGGAAUAACAACUGAAAGGCCUUUUAAUAACGCAGGCGGCUAUAAGAAAAUGUUAUCUGGUGAGAAAGACAGUCUGUCAAGUUAAACAAGCACAGCCAAGCAGCUCAAGAAAAUGGAAUUCACAGAUGCUCAGGUACAGGAAGCCAAAACUUUUGGAGAGUUUUACGUGGACAUGAUGGAGAAUUAUAGAAACACGGUGAAAUAUUAUUUAUCCGAAGACGUGAUUUUAGACUGGUUCGGUCAAACAGUCAAAGGCGAACAGAAUGUCAGUGUAUUUCUUAAGAAAACGCUUUCAUCUGUUAGACAUUACCUUUCGGAUGCUGCGCCAGCCAAGAAAAUAGGAUUUAGAGACACUCAUGUUGUUAAAAUUCCGAAACAGUCGAAAAAAAUCCCAUUGGGAUUAAUGAGCCCCCCGAGAAUUUCUUACCAGAAAACCCAGACAAAAACGCCUAAAAAGUCGUCUGAUCCCUCCACCAGCUCUAGCAGCUUAAGAGAAAAAUGUAGCAGGAGCAGAGAGCAAGGCCAAGGCGACGGCUUCCAUAACACCACGGAUUUACCCGUGUCUCCGGCGAAAAGAUUUAAAUCGGCCGAAAGCGACUGCGUUGAAAAUGACGUUGAAACCGUAGAAGGCGAAAGUGACGUUACCCCAAAAAUAAAAUACAUGAUCGCGGAGGGUUCGUUAGAAUUCCACAAGCCCAGCCUUAAAAAACUGCAGACGGAAACGAAAUGGAAGAGGCCUUGUAAGUUAAGUGUUGCCUACUCUUCGGUAAACUGUCAUGACUGCGUUAUAUAUUUGAUUAUAUACGAAGGUAACGUUAAAUGUAGGAGGAAUCUCAUGAAGGAGUUCGAGGCUGAGGAGCCGGAUAAUUAAAUCGUUCCUUUAUUCUAAGGUUAAGUUUAAGCUUGAACAUUGAAAUGUGAAAUCAAGUGCUUUAAUUAGAUAUUUUAUAUUAAACGUAAAGACGAUCGUGUUUGUGUAAAUACGAUAAACGUGAAAUAUUAUCAGUUGUUAUAACGUUGUUUCCACUGCAAAAUAUUGGAGCAGUACAUCCUGUGAAAAAUUUUAAAUGCCGGUCAUUUAAGAUGGAGAAUAAUAAUUUUUUUAUGUGACGGUUGUAACCUGAAAGUGUUGCAAGUGAUUUGUAAUAAACGUGAACAAAAUAA